AUGAAGUACAUGAUAGCUAUGAGUCGCAGCAUCGUGCGACAGAGCAAGUUUCGCCACGUCUUUGGGCAGGCGGUGAAAGCCGAACAGGGUUACGAUGACAUCCGGGUUUCCAAGGUGACCUGGGACAGCUCCUUCUGCGCCGUCAACCCAAAAUUCUUAGCGGUCAUCGUUGAAUCCAGUGGAGGAGGAGCUUUUCUUGUCCUGCCGCUGUCUAAGACAGGUCGUGUGGAUAAGAACUACCCGCUGGUGAUCGGCCACUCCGGACCCGUCCUCGACAUCGACUGGUGCCCUCAUGACGACAACAUCCUGGCCAGCUGCUCAGAGGACUGCACUGCCAUGGUAUGGCAGAUCCCAGACCAUUCGCUGAGCCGCCCGCUGUCUGACCCCGUUGUGGUCCUGGAGGGCCACUCCAAGCGAGUGGGCAUUGUGAGCUGGCACCCCACCGCACGCAACAUCCUACUCACUGCGGGCAGUGAUAACCUGAUAAUCAUCUGGAACGUGGGGACAGGGGAACCCCUCGUCUCCAUGGACGACCACCCAGACCUCAUCUACAGCGUCAGCUGGAACCGAAACGGCAGCUUGUUUUGCACCACCUGUAAGGACCGACGUCUCCGUGUGUGUGACCCCCGCAAGAGGGACGUGGUGGCGGAACGCAUGGCUCCACACGAGGGAAUCCGGCCGAUGAGAGCCAUCUUCACCAGAGAUGGAAACAUCUUCACGACAGGAUUCACCAGGAUGAGCCAGAGAGAGCUGGGCCUCUGGGACCCGACAAAUUUUGAAGAGCCUAUAGCACUUUUGGAGUUGGACACAAGUAAUGGAGUGUUGUUACCAUAUUACGAUGCAGAUGCAAACAUGGUCUAUCUGUGUGGGAAGGGAGACAGCAGUAUCCGUUACUUUGAGAUCACAGAGGAGCCUCCGUACGUUCACUACCUCAGCACCUUCAGCAGUAAGGAGCCCCAGAGAGGAAUGGGCUUCAUGCCCAAGAGAGGGGUGGACGUCACCAAAUGUGAGAUUGCUCGGUUAUACAAGCUGCUCGACAAGAAGUGUGAGCCUAUUACAAUGACAGUACCCAGAAAAUCGGACCUCUUCCAGGACGACCUUUACCCUGACACGGCCGGGCCCGAGCCCGCCAUGGAGCCCGAGGAGUGGCUGGACGGCCGCGACGAGGAUCCCAUCCUGAUGUCCAUGAGGGAAGGCUACGUGCCACCCAAGAGCCGGGAGCUCAAAGUCGCCAAGAAGAACAUGCUGGACUCCAGACCCACCACCCGACGCAGCAUGUCCACUCUGGAGACCAACAGCCUUCCACCUCAGUUUCUUGAGAGGUUGUUGGAGGAGAUUCAGAAUCUGAAGGCCACAGUUUUGUCUCAGGAGAAGAGAAUCUGUGACUUGGAGAAUAAGCUUUCCCAGUACACCAACGGCACCGCCUGAUAUGCCCUGGAGCAUCUUCUAAAGGACUGGUUUGAGUUUCAGAAUCAUCUUUAUUGAAAGAAUGCAUUUCCACUGCUCUUGACAAGAAAUCACCCUUAUAGAUGCUCUGACAGUGUUGGCUCCUGAAGAGGUGCCACCGUGGGAAGAGUAUGGAUGCUGAUAGUUGAUAGCUUUUGAAAAGCCACGCCCAGAUGCUUUGUGGCACGUUUCAUACAACGGUAAUAGAUUUUAGUGUAGUCACACCUUUAUGGUGACAAAUGAAGGGAGUGAGUUGACAGCUGUGGAGCCUGUGGGUUUGAGGGGAAUGUGAAGGUUGGCUCAAAGGUCUUAAGAAAGUCUGCACUGUCUACACAGUUUUUAAAAGGGCAAAGGAAAACCAUAGGAAAAAGAACGUAGAGAAAACUGCCAGAAAACGACUAAAUGAUCACAGACACCGACAGCCAUGAAAGGAGCGUGCACACAUCGUAGCCCUAGUCGCUGCCUCACCCUCUGUACCAGAUGACCACGUUAUUUUGCCUCUCUGGAAGCUUCUCAAAAUGUAAAUAGUGGUAAAGGACACAGGUGAAAACAAAUUAUGAACCUUUUAGCAAAACAUGCAAUAAGUUUUGUGUUCUGUAAAACAGUAAACAUUAGACCAUGUUAUAACAACAAUAAAAAAAAAA